CGUAGCCUUACAAUCGCUAUGAAGUCUCUUGCCCUCCAUUCGUUCGUUGCUCUUUUAUCAGCUCUAUCAGCAGCGGCGAUCGAGCUGCAACCUCUACCAACAGAAUUGAGUGAGGUUUGUCCGUCUCUCAAUGGCCAAAGAGGCUUCCUCGAUGACGGAUCUGUGGUCGAGAUACAUUGCGGCACAUUUUGGAACCCCUUCGACGGAUCCGCCGUCUCAAACGUCGCCAACGUUAAGGAGUGUGCCACCGCGUGCGCCCAACAAGAUUCAUGCAAAGGAAGUACGUGGAGCUCCCGAUUGAGGAGGUGCUGGAUAACCUCUGAUGGGACCAGCGCUCUCCAACCCAAUGAUGCAUAUGUGUCCUUGAAAAAGCUGGACGAGCUCGCCACUAUACCUAUACCCACAAACUGCGCAGCUGAGAUAGAAGCUUGCGAAAAUGAGAGAGAAAGGUGCGUCGGGGAGAGAGAAGUUAGCUCUAAUGGACAACGCGUCUGCGAAGCAACUGCAUCAAGUCUACGGACCCAGAUAGCAAGUCAACAGACCCAGACAGCAAGUCUACAGACCCAGAUAGCAACCCUCCAGAGAGGAGAGUCUAAUCGAAGUGCCAUCUUGGGCAGGAGGCAGUAUCAUAUUCAUUAUACACGUCAUGUUAGGGACGUGAAAUCACCGAACAGAAGAUUGGCUCAUGUCCGGACACUUCAUUUGUGUAUUGAAGCGUGUGCUCUUGAUUCUGCAUGCAGACAUGCAUUCUAUCAUCCUCACUCGACGCAAUGCUAUUUAGAUCCGGCGAGAAUCACUGCCAACAAUCUGUAUACUCAUGGCGCCAUCCAUACUGUCAUAUUCUCGUCAUGAUGCACUGUUUUGUGAGAAACAGAAAGGUUUAUAGUAUUCGAGGCAUAUAUCAGAGUAUCGGGGGGACGACCUCCGUACAGCACUUCGUUUCUACGUAGCCUCAGCGAGAUAGCUUAGCUCCGCAAUUGACUUCAAUUUUAUCUUAUAGCAAUUCUAUUUGCAGUUCUAUUUUAUUGCAGGGUUCCUUGACUGAGUGAGGUGAGAAUAAGAGCUGCCGUGGCGCGAAAGGCGGGAUGGCGCUACCGCUCGAUCAGCUAGAUCCGUUCGACCCUAUCCUCAAUUGUUACUCGGAGGCCAUUUCCACGGUAUGGCUCUCGCUUAUUUAGCCAAUGAGAUACGGCCAAUGAGAUACGGCCAAUGAGAUACGGCGUUCAUCUGAAUGUGUAGCUGAGUGAACCCUUCACUUGCUAGCGCUUGUCCUCAGCUGUCUUGGAUC